UUCGAAGCUAAAUCCUUUACACAAUCAAUAAAAAUCUUCUAGUUCAAGUUCAAAUGGCGGACUUGCAAAUAGUUCCGGCUUGCAAGAAAGUAGAGGCACAGUAUGUGGAGUUGAUGGUACCUUUAUAUUCUUAUGGGUGUGAGAAGAAAGUAAAGAAGACUUUAUCCCAUCUCAAAGGUAUUUACUCAGUAAAUGUGGAUUAUGAACAACAAAAGGUUAUAGUGUGGGGGAUAUGCAACAAAUAUGAUGUUUUGGAAACAAUGAAAAGUAAGAGAAAAGAAACUCGUUUUUGGAACGAAGAAGAUAACUUUGUAAUGGAAAAAUCAGAAUUCCCUUCACUUCCUCCUCCGAAGCACUCAAAAAUGCCUUAUUUGACACUAAUUAGGGCUCAGUCUUUCAAGUGGAAAGCAUUUGAAAAGGUCUUCAAGAGAUCAAAUUCCUUUUGAAAAACUUCUAAUUUCCAAUUAAGAAUUAAUGCGUGUAUAUUUGACAACAUAAAGCAUUCCGGCUCUUUUAGUCUCUUUGGUCUUAUUUCAAAUUAUCCAAAGAGGAGGUUCAUGCUCUCAUUUGUGUUCUUUGAAUUUGGCCACUGCCCUCAGGUUUGUUUAAACUUUGAAUUUGGGAGAAAAAUAAUUCGUCCAUGUGUUAGGCGAUGAAUUUUUCUUUUGUUUGUUGAUUUUCCACCUAUGUAAAUGUAAUAUUUUGAAUGGAAUAUGUAUAGUAAGAACUUGUUUCAAGAAA